AUGUUUUCAAAUUAUAUUCGGCCAUCAUUGGGCCGUGUGAGCCGCAAUAUUCACGCUUCUAAUCCUGCAUCGAGGCACAGAUAUCUUCUCUCGACCUUGGCAAUUCUCGAGCAGCGUGAUGGUCAACUAAACAAAGCUUCUCUAAGUGCGGUCACAGCAGCAACUAAGCUUGGGGCGCCAGUCCAUGCCUUCAUUGCUGGAACUGAUGCUUCCAAGGUAGCCCAAGAAGCUGCACAAGUUCUUGGAGUUGAUAAAGUCGUUACUGUGUCCAACGCCGCCUAUGAAAAGGGUCUUCCGGAGACUUUCGCCCCUCUGUUAAUUGACAAUAUCCGAAACGGCGGUUAUACGCACAUCAUCGCUGGACACACGGCGUUUGGGAAAAAUGUCAUGCCUCGAGUCGCAGCUCUUUUAGAUGCACAGCAGAUAUCAGAUGUUAUUGCAAUAGAGUCCGAAAGCACCUUUAUCCGCCCGAUCUACGCCGGAAAUGCCAUUGCUACAGUAGAGUCAUUAGAUCCGAUAAAGGUCAUCACUGUUCGAGGAACGGCAUUCCCAGCUGCAGCCUCCGAAGGUGGCUCCGGCUCAAUCGAAGUGGGCACCGACCCAAACCCAGAAACAUCAACAGAGUGGAUCUCGGAGGAUUUAACGAAGUCCGACCGUCCUGAUCUAGCAACAGCUGGCCGGGUUGUCUCAGGAGGCCGUGGCUUGAAGUCAAAAGAAGACUUCGAUAAGAUAGUGGUGCCGCUCGCCGAUUCCCUGGGCGCCGCAAUUGGUGCCUCUCGAGCAGCUGUAGACAGCGGGUAUGCGGAUAAUAGUCUUCAGGUUGGCCAGACAGGGAAGGUCGUCGCGCCGGAACUCUACUUGGCUAUCGGCAUCUCGGGAGCAAUCCAGCACCUUGCCGGCAUGAAGGACAGCAAAGUUAUUGCUGCGAUUAACAAGGAUUCGGAUGCGCCGAUCUUCCAAGUGGCCGAUGUUGGUCUUGUGGGAGACCUUUUUAGCGAAGUUCCCAAGUUGACGGAGGAGUUAAACAAGAUCAAAGAAUGA